AUGUCUGCUUCUUUAGCAGCUUUUGAGAGACCUAGACCCGGGGCUUCUAAUACGGUUUUUAAAAGUGGCCCACUUUUCAUAUCUUCCAAAGGAAUAGGUUGGAAGUCCUGGAAGAAGAGGUGGUUCAUACUCACGCGCACAUCAUUGGUUUUCUUCAAAAAUGACCCUAGUGCUCUUCCUCAGAGAGGCGGGGAAGUAAACCUGACUUUGGGCGGUAUUGACCUAAACAACUCAGGGAGUGUUGUUGUUAGAGAAGACAAAAAGCUGCUAACAGUAUUAUUUCCAGAUGGGCGCGACGGUCGAGCGUUCACCCUUAAGGCGGAGACAUCGGAAGACUUGUUCGAAUGGAAAACAGCUCUUGAACAAGCCCUUGCACAAGCACCAAGUGCUGCCCUUGUUAUGGGACACAACGGGAUUUUCAGGAACGAGACAACUGAUUCUAUCGAAGGGUCUUUCAAUCAAUGGAGAGAUAAGCGUCCAGUUAAGUCUUUGGUUGUUGGAAGACCGAUUCUGCUAGCACUCGAAGAUAUUGAUGGAGGGCCGUCUUUCCUUGAAAAAGCUCUUCGUUUUCUAGAGAAGUAUGGAACUAAAGUUGAAGGAAUAUUGCGGCAGGCUGCAGACGUUGAGGAAGUAGAUCGAAGAGUUCAAGAAUACGAGCAAGGUAAGGUUGAGUUUGAUGCCGUGGAGGAUGCACAUGUUGUUGGUGACUGCGUUAAGCAUGUUCUAAGGGAGCUUCCCUCCUCUCCAGUUCCAGCUUCAUGCUGUACUGCUUUGUUGGAGGCUUAUAAAAUCGAUCGCAAGGAAGCUAGGAUUAAUGCAAUGCGCUGUGCUAUAUUGGAGACCUUUCCAGAGCCAAAUCGACGUUUGUUACAAAGAAUUUUGAAGAUGAUGCACACAAUUGCUUCACAUUCUAACGAGAAUAGGAUGACUGCUUCCGCUGUUGCUGCUUGCAUGGCACCCUUGCUCUUACGGCCUCUCUUAGCCGGAGAAUGUGAGCUGGAGGAUGAAUUUGAUGGUAGUGGUGAUAGUUCGGCUCAGCUUCUAGCUGCCGCCAAUGCUGCAAAUAACGCUCAAGCGAUUAUUACCACUUUGUUGGAGGAGUACGAGAAUGUAUUUGACGAAGAAAAUAUACAGAGAUGUUCCAUUUCAGCCGAUUCUCGGGUUGAAAACAGCGGGACUGAAGACUCGACCGAUGACGAUAAUAUAGAUAAUAAAGAAAAUGGUUACCAUGAUGCAGAGAAUGAAAACGAUCAAGAGACAGAUGAUGAUGCCGAUCGUGUUCACAGUGGAAAAUUGAGCGAAAGUAGUGGUUAUGCCGGCAGCGAUCUUUAUGAUUACAAGGCAUAUGGAGGAGAUGAUUCCGACGUUGGAUCCUCGACUAGUAAUCACGCGAAGGCGGGAAAUUCAAAUCGGAUUGCUGUUCCUGAUAUCCAUCUGUCUGAGGAUAAAAGCAAGCAAAGAAAAGGGAAUGAGAAUUCAAUUGAUGAGAAGGAUGUGCCAAUUGUGUUGCCUUCGACAGAAUCGUAUCGUUCCAUGGGUGAGAUUUUAUCUUCAAUGGACCCCGGCAACCAUUUGCCUGUGCCUGGUAUAGAACCGGGUUCUGGAAAGCAAACUGGUAAAGCUAGUAGUGGCACAAGCUUUAGCUCUAAACGGUCAACCUUCUGGGGAAGAAGCAAUCCGAGGAAGUCACCGUCAGUGGAGUCGGUUGACUCUUCUGGAGAAGAGGAGCUUGCUAUUCAAAGGCUAGAGAUUGCGAAAAAUGAUUUGCAACAUAGGAUCGCAAAGGAGGCUAGAGGCAAUGCGAUUUUACAAGCAAGCUUAGAGAGAAGGAAACAAGCUUUGCACGAGCGGCGCUUAGCACUUGAACAAGAUGUUUCAAGGUUGCAAGAACAGUUGCAAGCUGAGAGGGAUCUUAGAGCUGCUUUGGAAGUUGGUUUGAGCAUGUCUUCAGGACAAAUUUCAAAUUCACGCGGAAUGGAUUCCAAGACAAAGGCUGAGCUAGAGGAGAUUGCACUUGCUGAAGCUGAUGUGGCUAGGUUGAAACAAAAGGUUGCGGAACUUCACCAUCAACUUAGUCAGCAAAGACAGCAUCACUACGGUUCACUUACUGAUGUAGGUGGUGAUCGAUACCAGCAUGCACAAAAUCUUCCUCAGCCGAGAUUUCUUCAGCAAGAUUUUGAUUCAACCCUUGCUUAUUGUAAUCAUGAAAGGAAACAAAGAACCGAGGCAAAAUUUGGCUUUAUAUUUCAACAGGAGAGUGUGUUGGGAAAUGAUUGGAGAAAUAUCAAAGGACAAGUAUUGGCUUCUGGUAAUGGUACUAGACAGCCAUCUCGGAAGCCGUUCAUAGACUCGAGUCCUAGUGAUUCGAAAAGCACGGAGGCAUCGACAAGCAUGUCCAUAGAUGAACUCGGUGUUGUUGAUUCCGGCUCAGUGCCUUCUACUUCAAGGGCAGCAGAGGUGACAGAUUACGGAAGACAUCCAUCUGUAGCAUCUUCAACAUUAGUAGAGCUAACAACCCGUCUCGAUUUUUUCAAGGAAAGGCGAUCGCAGUUGAUGGAACAGCUUCACAACCUUGAUUUAAACUAUGGUUCUACAACUUCACAAGACAUGGUCUACAAACCAACAUCACCAUCAUGGAGUUGA